AUGUUUUUAAAUGAUUCAUCACUGUCAAACAAACCUUCAACAACUUCAACAAAUAUUUCUUCAAAUUUAAUAGAUAUGGAUGCAAUGUUGGAUCAGUUAGAAAGAGAAGAAUCUGAUCAAAAAGCAGAACAAUGCAGAAAUAAUUCUAUUUUGUCUAAUAAAAAUUUGGAGGAAGUCACAGACAAUUCAGAUAAAAAUUUAGUUAGAGAGGAAAGUGAAAAUGUCUUUUGUAAUGUUGAUAUUGAACUAAAAGCCGACAAAAAUCAACUAAUUUUGGAGAAGACAUUACCAGAUUUAAUUUUCGCGUCAAUUUCAAAAAAACUCAAAAUUGUUGAAAACAAAAAAGAAAAUUGUGAGGAUUUAGAAGAAGAUAUUUACGAGCAAAUUGAUAAAAUGGAUAAAUUAAUUAAAUUGGAGAAGGAAAAAGAAAAAUUAAUUGAGGAAAAUGAAGAUAAAUUGAAUUUUUUGGAAAAUGAGAGUAAAGACAAAAAAGAGGGAAAUAGAGGGGAAAAUUCUCCUUUUAUUUUAUUUUUGAAUACUUUUGUGGAUGAUAUUUUUGAUCAAGUUUUAAGUGAAAUAAAACAAAAAGAUGAAGAAGAAAAAGAAAAUGAAGAGGAAUGCGGAAAGCAGAAUGAUGUAAAUAGAUGGCUUACUAUGCAAGAAAAAGUACAUUGUCUAAACCCUGCCAAAGACGAAAGAAUAAAACAAAGAUUAAAAGAACUCACAGCUUUAAUACCUCCACCAUUAGCUACUUACCAUUAUUUGUCAAAAUCAAUUGGAGAAUUUAAAUUAACAGAAAGUGAAUUAACUUUGGGGAAGAAAAAACCUUUUUGGAUACCUGACGAUGAUUGUGAUUGUUGUAUGUUGUGUUCUAAAGGUUUUUCUAUUGUUGUUAGAAGGCAUCAUUGUAGAGCUUGUGGAAGGGUACUUUGCAGUUCUUGUUGUUCAAAUAAACGUUCAUUAGCUUAUGAUGAAAAUCCUUCAAAUAAACACAGAGUUUGUACUCCUUGUAAUCGAACACUUGACAGAAUUGAGGAAUACGAAAAAAGAUUAAAUGAAAAUUUAGAAGAGGAAAUUGAUGGGCCCUCAACUUCUAAUGCCUUUCCAUCAACAAACCAAUUAAAUUCUAAUAAUGAUGACCAAAAUAAAAAGUUAGAACAAGAAAAUUUAAUAAAUAAAAAUCCAAAGAAAUCACUUUUGAAGCCUCCAAGAAGGGAUUCUAUUGAUAUUUUAAAUAAAAAUAAAGAGGAAAAGGAAGUUGAAAUAAACAAUAAUGAAGGCAAAGAAGAGGAGGAAGGAGGGGGAGAGGUUUUGGAAGAAGAAGGAAAAAAUAAAAAAGAAAAUUUGAAUGAAGAAUGCUCAAAACUACCAACAACAUCGACGAGUAAAUUAAUUGAGGAAGAAGAAAAUAUUACAAAUAAAAAAAGUGUAAAAUUCCGUGAUGGAGUACAUCCUGGACAGGGAGUUGAAACUUCCUCUAAAAGAAGAAAAAUUAUUAAACCUUACGGAAAAGACAAAGAUCAGAAUUUAAAACAAUCAACAACAGAAAGUUCUGAAGAGAAAAACAAAAAUCAGAACAACCCCUAUUCUUGGCUAAUUAAUAAAGAAUCUAAAAAUUCUGAUUCUGAAUCUAAUAAUUCUUCUAAAAUACAAGAAAAUGAAGAAAAUUGUUUAUUAAAUAAUGAUUCUUCUUCCCCCUCCUCAAUUUCUUCUGAAAAUCAUCAACAAAAUAAUUCAUCUGAAAAUGAAGUUGCUGGGUUGGAAAAUAAAGUUUAUAAAAGGCCAAAAAGAAUUUCUAGUCGAACAAAAGAACGGAAAUUGUUGGAUGAACAGACAAGUCUUCUACAUAUAAAUCAUUGGCGUGUUUGUGUAGUAACUUCUAUCGCUGAAGAUAUGUCAUUUCAAAAAAUGGAUAAAGUAAUUGAUAAUUUAUUAAGAGAAGAUGAAGAGGAAGGAAAUGAGGAGGGUAAUAACACCAAUAAUAAUAAUCCUUGUGUUGUUAUUGCAUUGAGACGGAAUUUCCAUGUCAAAAUUCAAUUUUUAAAAAAUUUUAAAAUUAAUCAACAAGAAAUUGAAAUUCUCAAUUUUACAACAUAUGGAAUGACAACUUUGGGUGUAGAUGAAUUAAUGCUUGUAAUUGAAUUUAAGAGGGAUAGAUUUUCUGUUCAAGAACAAUUAGAAUCAGCAUUUUUCAAUGUUUUGGAACAAUUUGAACAAAUAUAUCUUGAUUGUUUAAAUUCUUUUGAUGAUUUGCUGGAUCAUCGGAUGGGGAUUAGAAAGUUGCAUUUAAAUAAAUUAAAUUGCCCCAAAGGCCCCUUCCUUUUGGGGGUUUUGGUACGUGAAGAAGAAAUAGCUUGGGCAAGAUGUGCGCCUUUAAGGUUAUUAUUGCGGUUGGGACAAUUUAGUUUCCAAUAUCCAACUCCAAUUGUUAAUAUUAUUCGUGAUCAACCAUUAUUUACCAAAGAUGUUGUCCAAUCUAGUGUUUUAAAAGUUUUGAAUGAUUUUCGUGGCUGGACAUACCAAAUGACUAAACUUUUCGAUACUUCAAUAAUUGUUCGAACUUUGGUUGAAAGUAAUCGAAAUAUGGUUGCUUGGUCAUUAAAUGAAUUAUCUUUUUUGAAUCAGCAAUUAGAGAUUGAUUCUCAUUUAAUUUGUGAACAAAAAAAUUGUGAAGAUGGGCAACAACAACCACAACAUUUUAGUACAACAAUAUUUAUGAAAGAACCUAAUAAGGCUAUUAAAGCAACAAGUGCUUCUUUUGUUAUUUUUGAUGGGGCUCUUAAAUGUGUUGGAGGAGAAAAAUUUGUUGUAAAUGUUGUGGAGGAUGGAUUAAUUAUUAGAUUACAAUCUGAAUUGAUGGAGGAAUUGGUAAAAAUCUUAUUAAAUAGUACCGAUGAAGAUAAUGCUACAUUUGAAGCUAUUAAUUUAAUCCAAAUUGAGGGAGAAGAAGAAAAACAACAAAAAUUAAUUAUUCAAUAUAUUGAGGGAAUAGAACAACAACAGCAACAAAUAAUUAAUAAUUCUGAUUUUAAUUUUGGUGCUUUAAUUUCUCCAAUUGAUGGAUUACAUUUGGGUGGACAAUUUCAAUAUGGACUUCAAUUACAACGACAAUUUAAUUCAAUGAAUUUUUUCCAAUAUUCAACGGAAUGGGCUAUUAGAUUAGCUACUGUAAUUAAUAUGUUACCCGGUAAAUGGCCGAGUGCUUUACAACCAAGAUUUUUCGAUGCUUGUGAACAAUUAGCAAAAUUAGUUGCAAUUACUUUGGAACCUUUUUUGCCUGGAUUAAUUGCUUUGGAUCAACUUUUUAUUGCGAUGAGAAUACAUGUAGAUGAAGAAAAUGUUAGUUAUGAAACUAAACAUUGGGAUGUUAUGCCUGAUCAACAUUUUGUUUGGACUGUAACACUUGAUGAACAGAUAAUUCCAUUCCUCUAUUCUUUAUGUGCUUGGGUCCCUAGCAGUUUACGUGUUGAAUUACAUAUGCCAAUACUUUCAAUUCGAUCACUUCCCUCGACUACAAUUGAUUUAGUUGAAUUAAAUAAAAGAUAUUGA